AAAAAGUCUCUCAAAUUGAUUCUGUGGUGUUAGUGAAGUACUAAAAAAAAUACAAAAUUUUUAUUCAAUCGCUAACUACCCUAAAAAUGCAUUUAAAAUUUACAUUUUCAAAUUUCCCACGCUUUGACGAAAGUAAAGGCCGCCAUAUUUUCUCUAUGGUCGUGAUCUCAGUUUGCUAUGUAAACAUUGAGCUGUUGUUGUUAUUCUUCGUUAAAUUGUUUUUUCUCUCAAAUAUGAGCUAUUAUUCGACUUAUCGUUGGUGUGGUGUUCCGGAAUGCAGGAAUACUAGUGUUAAAACACCGAACAAAUUGUGGAUCCAAGUGCCAACCGACAUAAAUAUGAGAAAAACUUGGUUCGAAGUUGCCGGAAGAGAUCUCAGUCAAUUACACAAUAAAUCCCGUAUAUACUAUUGUGAAGAUCACUUUGAUUUGGAACACGACAUGGAAAAUUACCUGAAGUAUAAAUUAAUGGGUUCAGUAAAAAGGAUUCGAUUGAAACCUGAUUGCGUACCCUCCAGAUUUCAUUCAAGAAAACACAAGUCUGAUCAUACUUCAGACGAUCUUGCAUCAAAAAGGCUAAGAAUUUCUGAAAAUUCUCUCCAGGGUGCCCUACAUAUAGAAGAAGAUAUUGCCGAAACAUCAUCAUUCUGUACUGAAGAUUCGCAGACAUCAAUGGAAAAUAAAUAUGAUAAAGCUGUUCAAGUAGCUCAAAUACAGGAACAUUCUUCAACACAAGUCAUUCUAAUCCAGAAACAUAAAGCUAUUCAAGCUCGUAUAAAGACACAGUGCAAAAGUAAGCAGGUUCAAACUGGUGUGAAAACUAAAGAUAUUGUAACUUCGCCAAUUAAGUUCAUCACAUCAACUGCUACUUCACCCUUAAAACCAAAUCCAAAUAUAAAAAGUGCCACAAAUCCAUCUACAUCAAAUACCGUAUCACGAAAACUACGUUUUAUUGAAGAAAACUGUGAUAGCGAUACAUCUUGUGCACCGUCUUUAGUAGGAUCAACAGUUGAUCAAGAUUAUUCUCCAUCUGAGACAAGUGUUUCUAAGGCAACUUCAGAUGCUAGCUUACAGGCUGAAAGGAAAAAGUUUGAAAAGAUAAAUCUGAAAAGUACUCUUUCCAAAAUAAUCAAUAAGCCAAAACUAUAUAUUGGUCUUUCUAAAAACCUAUAUUUCCUCAUUGAUUUAAUAAAAAAGCACACAAACCUCACUGAGCAGAAUAUUUUAUUAUGUUUAAUGAAAAUCAAAUUAAACAGAACAUUUACACAAUUAGGAGAUGAUUUUGAUUUGUCCGUCACACAAGCCAGCAAUAUAUUUUUCAAUAGCAUGCCUGAGAUUGUAAAAGUUCUUUCACCAUUUAUAAAACAUUUUUCAAAAGCAACAAUAAAAAAAAAUUUGCCUAUAGCAUUCAGACACAGAUAUAACCAGGUAACUUGUAUAAUAGAUUGCUUGGAAAUUGAAAUCCAAAAACCUUCCAAAGCUGUCCAUCAAGCAUUAAGUUGGUCAGAAUAUAAAAAAACUAAUACCAUUAAAUAUUUAAUCUCGUGUACACCUGAUGGAUUGGUUAACUUUGUCUCCAAUGGAUACGCAGGAAGAAUCAGUGAUGUUAACCUAUUGGAGGAUAGUAAUUUUUUGGAAUGCUUGCCAGCUGGUUCAUACAUUUUAGCAGAUCGAGGAUUUAAACAUCUAGAAUCAUAUUUGGCUCAAAAAGGAUUUGUUCUGCUGAGACCACCAAGUGUUCCUGCUGGAACUAAACUAUCCAAAGCAGAAGUGAAACAAACCAAGCAAAUCGCAAGUCUUAGGAUACAUGUAGAGAGGGUAAUUAGAAGGCUAAGAGAGUUCAGCAUAUUAAAAAUGCAUUCAGUAGUAAAUUCAAAUUUAGUUGGUUUAUUGGACUUGUGCAUUAAAACGGCAUGUGCUCUUAUAAAUUUGCAAGAUUCUUUGAUUAAAUAAAUUGUACAUAAAAAUGCUAUAUUGUUUUACUAAUUUACUCGUUAUUUAUGUAUAUAUGUACCCAAUCUUUGAAAAUGUAUGUCCUUAUGGUUAAGCUAGAGAAAAUUAACAUUGAUAAUGUGGAAUGCAACUCUGAAAUGAUUAUAAACAUCUCAGUGUUUUAGAAACCCUCAGAUGUUUUUCUUAUAGUUUAUUAUCGCCUAUAAAAUCUUAACAGUAAUGUUUAUGGUUCAAAAACUUAUCAGGAAUUUUCAGUUGAGGGUUUUGUCAUGAAAGUUUCACUCUUGCAUUUGAAAUAUGAAAUGCCAUAGCUUUCACACACUGCACUUAUUGUAAUGACAAUGAAACUACUUAAUAAAUUAAUAAUAAUUUUAUUGCGUAAUCAUGACAGUUUUGUACAGAACUGGAAAAAUAUUACUUUUCCAAAACGAAACAACGCUGUCUAACAGAGUUAUUACAUAUUGUUCAUCAUAAUUAACCUUAACAAGUGUUACGUUUUUAUUGUUUUCAAAAUCACAACUUGCAACACAAAAGUAACAUUCAGUUACUUGAGCACAAUACAUUUGUAUUUGCACUUGGGCUCGAUAUUUUUCAGUUAUUUCACCUUUUUUAUUAAUAUAAUUUUCACUAGUUUUAUCGGUUGUGGGACACUUGAUUUCAAAAGUGGUCCUUUCAUUUAUACCGUCUGGUGAGGCAGCUAUCAUCGGAAAUUUUUCGGAUAUGUAUAACCCACAAGUUUUUAUUUUAAUUCCUAACAUCUGUUGUACAGUUUUCCGCACUUGGGCUUCUAAUUUUCGGCCCCUAAUUAUAGCAGUUGUUUCUGGAGUCCUUGCUCCAAGAAUUACUGAAACUAAAGCUCCAUCGAUAGUUUUGCAACGGCUAACUUCAUAACACUUAGAAGCUGUGAUUCGUCCAUAUCGCAGUUCGUGCCAUAGGCCACUGUUGUGUUGUGAUUGCGUGUCUCUUUCUGCAGUUUUUAUAUUAUCCUUGUUGAAAUGAUGUGAGAUUUUCUUCAAAAAAGUCUCACAAUUUUCAUCGCAGUGAUUAAUUAUUAAACUGUGCAUUGAUAGAACUGUGCCAAGACCACCAGGAUAUUCAGUUUCAUGUUUCAGAAUUUGGCAUGUGUUAAUUUUUCUUUUUUUGCAUUCUUCCACAAAUUCGAUCAUUAAUUGAGGUUCUUCUUCAAAUUCUUUGGGUUUUCUUUUGGCCAUGUCUCUCGCAGUCAAUAUCUUGAUGGAUGUUCCAACUUUACUGAGAUUGGACUUCCUCCAGUAGCACUCUAUCGACGUGCAGGGAGGCUCUUCGCUUCGUCGGUGCAGCCACAUUAAAAAUGCAACUGCAUGUUUACAGCCACCUUCGGAUGCAGGACAGUCGUGGCAUUUCACACUUGUCACCACUUCCUCCUCUUCAUUCACUACAAGUGUAGCUGCAUAAGCUUUACAUCGCACUCUGUGUUCUGGGCAAACGGUACAUUUAACAAUGCAAGUACUUUGCUCUCUCCUCAGUUGUACAUAACCUAUUGCAUCGUCACCAUAAGACUCUCUUCCAGAUCUGAAAAAGAAAUUAUUUUUUAAAGACUAUAUAACGCAAUGAAACGGAUUAUUGAAAUAAAUGUAUGAGAUUUAUAGAUGAAUGAGAUCAUUACUUACAUCAAUGUCUUAACAUUCCGUAGUUCAGCAGAACAAAAAUCUGGAUUGGCUGCAAAGAAUUUACCGAUCAUCAAGGCGCUCACUCUCGGUAAAUUUGUAUUGUCUGCUUUUACGAAUCCGCCUUCCAUGAUUAU